CCUAAAGGUACCUCCCCACCAUUGAAAGUCACAUCGUUUCCGGAACCCGGACCUGUAAGACCGUGGUGUCGGCCAUUUUUCUAAGUGUUCGUUUUCGCGUCAUACCAAGAUGAAGAUCGGUCUUUGCGCGUACAGCGGAUACAAAAUAUAUCCGGGCCAUGGCAAGACCAUGGUUAAAGUUGACGGAAAAACUUUUACCUUCCUCAACUCGAAGUGCGAGUCUGCACAUUUGAUGAAGCGUAAUCCCCGAAAGGUGACAUGGACCGUCCUGUACAGACGGAAACACAAGAAGGGACAGGAGGAGGAACAGACCAAGAAGAGGACAAGGCGCACUCAGAAGUUCCAGCGUGCCAUUGUGGGUGCCUCUCUCACAGAUAUUAUGGCUAAGCGUAAUAUGAAGCCAGAGAUUCGCAAAGCCCAGAGAGAACAAGCAAUCAAGGCUGCAAAGGAACAGAAGAGAGCAGCUAAGGCGACGAAGAAGGCUGUUGCUCCUGCCAAAGCAAAACAAGUUGCGAAACAGAAAGCUGCUAAAGUGACACAAAAAUCCGCACCACGAGUUGGAGGAAAACGCUAAAUUUUAUAACUAAAUAAAAUAGAAAAUAAUUACAAUUUGACUUGAAGUUUUUAGAUAAAUCAAUCUCCACUGAUAUGUUUAGUUUCAUAGUACAAAAUAUUUUUCCGAGUAAAUUAGACAAAACUGUUAUACA